AUGGCUAAGCUCUCUAUCUUCUCCGGCUUCUUCGUCUUCUCUCUCUUCCUCUGUUUCUUAUCCUCGUUUUCUUCAUCGGAAGACUUAGAAUCCUACAUCGUCCAUGUGCAGAGAGCUCAUAAGCCAUCUCUCUUCUCCUCCAACAACCACUGGCACGUUUCCCUCCUCCGUUCUCUACCUUCUUCUCCCCAACCCGCCACGCUCCUUUACUCUUACUCACGCGCCGUACAUGGCUUCUCCGCUCGUCUCUCCCCUAUCCAAACCGCCGCUCUCCGCCGUCACCCUUCUGUGAUCUCCGUUAUACCAGAUCAGGCGCGUGAGAUCCAUACCACUCAUACCCCUGCCUUUCUUGGUUUCUCCGAUAACUCUGGUCUCUGGAGCAACUCCAAUUACGGAGAGGACGUGAUUGUUGGCGUUCUAGACACUGGUAUCUGGCCGGAGCAUCCGAGUUUCUCGGAUUCAGGUCUCGAUCCCGUCCCAUCCACCUGGAAAGGCGAGUGCGAGAUCGGACCGGACUUUCUCGCCUCUUCUUGCAAUCGGAAACUCAUCGGUGCUCGAGCGUUCUACAGGGGAUAUUUAACGCAUCACAAUGGGUCAUCGCUCACAGCCAAGGAGUCGAGAUCGCCGCGCGAUACAGAGGGUCAUGGCACGCACACGGCAUCUACGGCGGCUGGAUCGGUGGUGGCCAACGCGAGCUUGUUCCAGUACGCGCAGGGAAGUGCGCGUGGGAUGGCGUCUAAGGCGAGAAUCGCCGCCUACAAAAUCUGCUGGACCGGCGGGUGCUAUGACUCCGAUAUCCUCGCUGCCAUGGAUCAGGCUGUUGCGGACGGUGUUCACGUGAUCUCUCUCUCCGUAGGCGCCAGCGGCUACGCUCCGGAGUAUCACAAGGACUCUAUCGCGAUCGGAGCAUUUGGAGCGACGCGGCAUGGCAUCGUCGUUUCCUGCUCCGCCGGAAACUCUGGUCCUGGCCCCCAAACCGCCACCAACAUCGCUCCCUGGAUCCUAACCGUUGGUGCGUCCACGGUCGACAGAGAAUUCUCCGCAAACGCAAUCACUGGCGACGGGAAAGUCUUCACGGGAACGUCACUAUACGCUGGCGAGCCUCUCCCCGAUUCUCAAAUUUCUUUGGUAUAUUCCGGCGACUGCGGAAGCAGAUUGUGCUACCCGGGAAAAUUGAACUCAUCAUUGGUGGAAGGCAAAAUCGUUCUCUGUGACAGAGGAGGCAACGCCAGAGUUGAGAAAGGAAGUGCCGUCAAGCUAGCUGGCGGCGCGGGGAUGAUUCUGGCGAACACAGCUGAAAGCGGUGAAGAACUCACCGCCGAUUCGCAUCUCGUCCCGGCUACGAUGGUCGGAGCUAAAGCUGGAGAUCAAAUCCGCGACUACAUCAAAACCUCAGACUCUCCCACCGCAGAAAUCGAAUUCCUAGGCACCCUAAUCGGUCCAUCUCCUCCUUCUCCCAGAGUCGCCGCCUUCUCCAGCCGUGGACCGAAUCACUUGACGCCGGUUAUCCUCAAACCGGACGUAAUUGCGCCAGGAGUCAACAUCUUAGCCGGUUGGACCGGAAUGGUAGGUCCGACCGAUUUGGAUAUCGACCCAAGACGGGUCCAAUUCAAUAUCAUCUCCGGCACAUCAAUGUCGUGCCCACACGUCAGCGGGCUCGCCGCUCUCCUCCGUAAAGCCCAUCCCGAUUGGUCGCCUGCAGCCAUCAAAUCCGCCCUCGUUACAACCGCUUACGAUGUCGAAAACUCCGGCGCACCAAUAGAGGAUCUCGCCACCGGGGAGCCGUCAAACUCGUUCAUCCAUGGAGCCGGGCACGUCGAUCCGAACAAAGCUUUGAAUCCUGGUUUGGUUUACGACAUCGACGUCAAAGAGUACGUCGCUUUCCUCUGCGCCGUGGGAUACGAGUUUCCGGGGAUUCUAGUCUUCCUCCAGGAUCCAACUCUUUACAACGCCUGCGAGACGAGCAAGCUAAGAACCGCCGGCGAUCUUAACUACCCUUCUUUCUCCGUCGUAUUCGGAUCGACCGUCGAUGUUGUGAAAUACAGAAGAGUUGUUAAAAACGUGGGAAGCGACGUCGACGCGGUGUACGAAGUCGGGGUUAAAUCUCCGGCGAAUGUUGAGAUUGAGGUGUCUCCGAGCAAGCUUGCGUUUAGCAAGGAGAAGAGCGAGUUGGAAUACGAAGUGACGUUUAAGAGCGUUGUGCUCGGCGGAGGAGUCGGAGCCGUGCCUGGUCAUGAGUUCGGGUCGAUUGAGUGGACCGACGGCGAACACGUGGUUAAGAGUCCGGUGGCUGUUCAAUGGGGUCAGAGCUCAGUUCAGUCCUUCUAA